GUCCUGUGGCGGCGGCGGCUUCGAUGCGUCUGGGGACGUCUGGGGAGACGUCUGGGGGGCUCUCUCACGCCUUGCCGUUCGCAGCCCAUCCUAAUACGACGUACUACGCAGUAAGUCGAAAAUAAAGCUGAGGCGCCACUAGCAUCCGUCGACACAUUUAUCCACCCAUCACAGUCUCGAGAUCUGGCCGCUAGUCAUUGUCACAUGAAUCCUUUCUCUCGGGGAAGCAAGCCACCUAUUGAAGUAGAAUCCAGCCUCGAAACCCAACCGUUUGCAGCCACAAAUUCGUCACAACGUCGAGUCAUCAACCAGUCACGCAGCCAUUUUCCCAUCCUCUAUCAAACGAAAGUGUCGUGUUCUCCGUCGCCAUCCCCGGUCAUUUCGCUAGGCCCCCCUCCUUUCAACAAAGACACAACCCACGUUUGCUCGCCAAACUGGCCCAAUCACUCCCAGUGGCAACCCUUCUCUUGGCGACAGCCCUUCUCGGAGGCCUUGUUCGUCUACAAUUGGGCCUUGACUGGGGCAAUGAACAGGUUACUGUCAUCCCCACGUCCAGAACAAGCAACCAAAAGUCCCUUCCUCGCCGCAUUCGAUGCCAAUAUUUCCACCCAACACGCAUCAACCCAUCACCGUCUGCAGCCCUCUCGCUUGUGUACAAUGACCAGUAUCCAACAUCUUUUCCCUCCAGAAAUGGGGACAGCCUUAGGCUAAUUACCCCUUGGCACAAGAUGAUGAUCGACCCGACAAUGCUGCAGUUGGGCCACACAUUUUCCCGUCCACGUUUGGUUGACAGGGUUGCAGUGUCCACGAACCUCCCCGCACUCUCAUGC